AUGUCAUCAAUAUCGGCAUCAAAAUCGACAGCAAGAGCCAUUCUACAAUGGACGAUCGAAAACUGCAUCUCUCACCCCUGGGAGGCCCUUGUUGCGAUCAUCACUAUCAUAUGCCUGACGACCCGGAUCGUGAGCGGUCUGAAAUUCCGCCGUGCCUUGACAUCAAACUCUCACCAGACCUCAAGGCCUAAUACAAACACCUCAGGUCAGCAAAGUACACUUCUCCAAACAGUCCCCACGCUCCCCUACUGGAUCCCAUGGCUCGGCCACGCAAUAUCAUUCACAACCGGAGUAACAUCCUUUCUAGGCCACCAAACACGCCUACUCGGAACGCACAGUGGGAUCUUCGCACUCAAACUCGGCGGGACGAAACACAACAUCGUCACAAUCCCCAGUCUGGCGCAACAGAUCCUAAACGACCUCCAGCCCGACGCGCCGACGAGCAUGAAACCAUUCAUAAUCCGAGCCCUAAAAUACGUCUGGGCGGACCGAGGGUCCUUGGGUACAAUUGACCCGCCUAGUGCCCUCUGGGGCGACAUCCAUGCCGUCAUGUCGAGUAUGUUGCGCGAAAAGUUUCUGGGCCCUGCUCUGAAACGGGCCGUCGCGGCAGUUGAGGAAAGGACGUGGAAUCUUGUGUCGGAGGCUCAGAGUCCCGUUGAUCAAAGUGUUUGGGAACGCGAAGCGAACGUAGUUCCUAUCUCUGGUAUCGACGGCGGCAGCCUUUCUCCUGCUCCUCAACAUCAGACUCAAUUCGGUGGAUUGGUCGCAGAAGCAAACCUCCACACUCUAAUCCGCUACUUCGUAGGCGACAUCGCCAGCACGAUCCUGUUCGGCCGUGACUUCAUGGACAACAACCCUCGAAUCAUGCAAGACCUCUGGGAAAUGGAUUCACGAUUCAACCUAUUCAUGGCCGGGAUGCCAGGUUGGUUUCCCGGCAUGCGCUCGGCAUCCAUGGCGCGCGAGCGCGUGAUUCACGCGGUACAGGAACACCACGACGCACUGUAUCGGUAUCUUGAUGGCAAUGAUCCAGGCUACCGAUGGACAGACAUGUCGGACGUGUCGUCUGUGAUUGUCGACCGGGCACUUGCGUUGCGGAAAGCCAAUGCGAGUCCAAGGGCCUAUGGGGCCCUCGACACUGCUGUUUUGUGGGCCAUGAAUGUUAAUGCGAACCAAGUGAUUUUUUGGUUGUUGUGGCAUGUGUACUCGGAGUCAGCUUCGAUGAAUCUGUUAGCAGACAUUCGCGCCGAACUCGCUCCGUACGUCAAGUUGCGAAAACCAGAAACAAGAGGGUUGAUUAACGAGGCUCCCAAACUUGAGAUUGUGGACCUCGAUGCCCUGUGGACAAAAUGCCCGCUUCUCAAAGGCGCCUUUUUCGAAUCUAUGCGUCUCGAGUCCCAGAGCGUCAGUUACAAGGAAGUACUUAGGGAUUUUGUGGUGACCGAGUCGCUAGAUGAUGCAGGGCGGCUUGGUCGACCCGAUGGCCAUCAGGAGUCGUGGCUCUUGCGCAAAGGCGAGUUUGUGUGUAUUCCGCAUGGCGUUCAUCAGACGGACCCCAAGUAUUUUGCGGAUCCGGAGAAAUUUGAUCCAAGGAGGUUUUGGACGAAAAUAAAUCGCUCCGAUGGAACGGACAACGGCACUGGAAAAGAGAGCCACAGCAACAUUCGCGUCGAUUAUGGCACCAUGAGAGUCUUCGGCGGUGGUCGACACAUCUGUAAAGGAAAGACGUUUGCGGAGCGCGAAGUCGUCUUGUUUGCUGCCGCUAUUCUCAUGCAGUGGGAUAUGACGCCGGUAGACAACAAUGGGCGCUGGGUGCAUCCGGGAACGAAACCGGGCAUUGGGACUUUGAGUCCAUUGCAUGAUGUGAGUGUCAGGUUGUCGAGGAGAGAGGAGUGGUGA